AUGCGACAACAAGUGUCGACCUUACUCCUCCAACACAAACGCCAGAUGACGAUUUCUAAAGCAGAAGAUCGAGAACUUCUGAAGAUACGAAAAAUGAAGGAUAUCGUCACCCUGCCCGCCGACAAGGGACGCUCGACUGUCGUCAUGGAUAAGGCUGAGUACUGUAUAAAACUAGGCAACCUCUUGAUGGACAAGGAAUCUUAUGCGCCAUCGACCGUCAGCGAGUUUAAGAAGCUCGUAAACAGCAUAAACAAUACGAUCGGCAAUCUGAGGAAGGCGAGAGCUCUUACGAGAAGGGAAGCGUUGGCCGCAAAAGCCAGUGACACUGCGAUGGCGCGCUUCUACGGCCUACCAAAGGUCCACAAGCAGGGGGUGCCGCUACGCCCCAUCGUCUCCUUACGUGGUACCCCAACCUUUGGGCUGUCAAAGUGGCUGUACCAGCGACUUUGUUUCCUUACCAAGGAUUCGGAGUGGACAGUGAAGUCGGCUGAAGAGUUCUUGACGCGCAUCAAACAUCUCGAGGUGGAGGCAGAUGAAGUGAUGGAGUCAUUCGACGUGAUCUCAUUAUUCACCUCCAUCCCACCCGCGCUGGCUAUCGACACUAUUGAUGGCUUUCUCCGGGAAAGUAUGAUGAGACCGACCAACAGCUCAAACGAGCACACAUCAUCGAGCUCUUAG